UGUCAAGGGUAUCACAGUCUGUUUGCUUUUUUGGCUCAAUAUUGGCGAUUUUAGCUCAACAAUUUAAUAAGUAAAAAUAAGUAUCGAGGAGGGGACGAUUAAUUAUGGCUGGUUUUUCACGACUGGUUUUCGCGUUUUGCCUUUUAUACGUGAUGUAUCCUUUGACAAACUUACAAGAAACAAUUGACAGGAUUUUCAAAAAUGGCGACGUGAUUAUUGGAAGCCUUCUGGCCGCACAUCAGGAGAAUUCGGAAGAAGGUUGCCGAAACGUACAUCUCGUUGGAAUAAUACGCGUCGAGGCUGCGAUAUUCACUAUUGAGCAAAUUAACAAAAACGUAAAUAUCCUCCCGAAUGUUCAACUUGGUUAUGAUAUUCGAGAUCAUUGCAUGGACAGAGCAAAAGCAAUGGAACAUACUUACGAUUUCAGCACACACAUCCAUUUCUUGGAAAUAGUCGAAGACUCCAAUGGCCACCCUGUCGGCAAUUCCAGCGCUUGUGCGCAAUGCUCUAUCUCUAAAAGGAACACAACAUUACCAAUUGCUGCCAUAGUCGGGCCCUACGGUUCACGGAACUCACUUCAAGUUGCAGGACUUCUUCAAGUUGUGAACAUUUCGGCUAUAAGCCCGUCGGCAACAAGCGCAGAACUCAGCUGGUCCUUUUAUAAAAAGUUCUUACGAACAGUUCCUCCGGAUGGUUUUCAAGCAAGGGCAAUGGCGGAUCUUAUUGAACACUUCAGCUGGAAAUACGUAGCGGUGAUCGCUGUGGAACAUUCGUACGGACUGUACGGUUUUCGUGCGCUUGAGCAAGAAUCUUUUCGACGACAGACUUUUUGUAUUGGAUUAGUGGAAUACAUCACACCAACUCAAUAUGAUAGUCAGUUAAAACCUGUUAUUGCAAAACUUAAACGGGCAGAGAACAUCAAAGUCAUAAUCUUGUGGAUCGGAGCAACACACGCCAAGGAUCUGGCAAAAGAAGCGCUCAGUCAAAAUCUCAUCGGAAAAGUUUGGAUCAUGAGCGACUCAUUGGCUACUAAAACUCCAGAAUAUCUCGGAAACGAUUUGAUGAGCCUUGGAAUUUACUUAGGAAUUCAACCGAAGCAAUUUCAAGACAGAAACUUCGAGGAGUAUCUUAAACAUCUCACCACAAAAACGUCUUAUGAAAGGAGGAACAUAAAUCCUUGGUUUGAUAUUAUCUGGAGGAAAGAAUUCAACUGCUCUACAAAUAAUAACAUCCAGGGUUACACGCGUUGUCAGGAUAAUUUAACAAUAACUGAUGAAGUAUUUUCCAAGAUGUCCGAUGACUUUAUUCCAUAUCAAAUUGACGCUAUUUACGCAGUCGCGCACGCACUUGAUAUGAUCUACAAAUGCAAGACACCACUCGGUUUGUUACCAAACGGAGCUUGUCCUCAAACAAAACCUUUCGUGCGAUCUUCAGACGUUUUUUUGUACCUGCGUAAUGUGAGUUUUCAAGGAAUAACAGGUCGAAUUGGAUUUGACGAAAAUGGCGACCCUCUGCAAGCCGUGUAUGACUUUGUCAGCUUUCAGAGGAAUAUUGAUGGCAACUAUGUCAAAAUGAAAAUAGGUUUUUGGGAGGCUAAAGGAAAUCCGAUGUUAGAAAUUAAUGGCAGUUUAAUUAAAUGGAGCAAUGGAAACAGCACUUUGAACAGUCAAACAUCCGAAAUUCCAAAAUCAAUAUGCCUGGAGCCGUGUCCACCUGGAACACGACAAACAACGACGGUUUCUUGUUGUUGGCAAUGCAUUGAAUGCCCUGAUGGAGCGGUAAAUGCGCACAAAGGAUCACCAAACUGUACAAAGUGUUCUGGGACGCAGAAGUCAAAUGAAAAUAGAACCACAUGUGUAGAUCUACCAAUAGAAAAUCUCCAUUGGAAUAGCAUGACUGGAAUCAUCUUCGCUAUUUUUACCAUCUUGGGAUUUGUUUUUACAUUCCUUACAACGGUUCUUUUCAUGCGGCAUUAUCACACUCCAGUUGUAAAGGCUGCUAAUCGUGAUCUGAGUUUUAUUUUGCUUUCCGACAUUGCCGCGGGAUUUGUUUUACCAUUGUUGACAAUUUCGCAGCCCUCUCCGGCCAUUUGCGCCGUUAUUGAACCCUGGCGCUAUAUAACAUCAUCACUGAGUGUCUCCGUUCUAUUAGUAAAGACCAUGAAACUACUAAGAGCUUUUCAAAUAACUUACGUUGCAAGAUGGUUGAAAAAGAGCAGCGCCAGCUCGCUGGGGCAGUUUGUGUCCGUUAUUUCGUUAAACUCGAUUCAAGUUAUAUUUGCAAUUAUCUGGGGUGCAGUGGAUCCUCCUUUCACAAAGACUGAAAUCGAAAAAGGACAAUUUGUAAUAAUUACGUGUAUUCCUUACCGAACGAGUCUAGGUCAGUUCAUGGAGAUAGCUAUGCUCACUUAUCUUUUAUUUAUUUGCCUUGUUUGUGCGUUCUACGCUUUUAAAGCUCGCACUCUUCCCGAGAACUUCAACGAAGCUCGCUGUAUUGGUUUUGCAAUGUAUAUCCUUCUGCUAUCGUGGAUUGCGUUCUUUCCUGUACAGACUUCCUUAGGAGGGUGGUAUGUGGCUGUGGUAUCAUGUUCAACUGCCCUGGUUAAUUCGUACGCUUUGCUUGCCUGCAUUUUUGCACCAAAACUUUUUAUCAUUCUUCGCCACCCGGAGCAAAACACCCCGGAAUUUCUUCGACAUGAGUUAAGGACAGCUAACAGCAUAAAACCAUCCACUUUCUCCCACCAUUCUUCGAGGGAAAAAGCUCUCAAAAAAGAAACAGUUAAAAGUCCUUUCCGACAAAAGCGUCAUUGUUCUACACGUCGAAGUAGUUUAUAAUCAUGAUACUACAUUGUUGCUGUGCACAUUAAAGUGGAAAACUAACUUGGUAGGAAUCACCUAAAAAAUAAAGCCUGUAUAAAAAAUUGAAACUCUUGACCCUCCUUUGACCCCCAACAGUGAUAUACAUCUAAUUUCUCCUCACAAUAUCACCCCUGAAUCAAACAUUAAGGUCACGAGAAAAGAGGAAACGAUCACUGACUAAAGAAGCACUUGAUUGUUAAACAAAUUCUCCUUCACAGCACCUUUGGAAAUGUAUAAAAAACCGUAUGGAGAAUAUACAUACUGAUGUUAGGGUGUAAAGGAUUAAUGUGAUCCGUUCUGAUAAAGAUAUUGCUAUGAUUAAAUAUAUCAGAGGAAAGUUAAUUUACUUUCAACAUUGAUCGCAUUUCAAAAGAAAACUGGCUAAGAUGAAAGAUUUUGCAAUAUUUCCAAAGGGAGCGAGUAUUCCAAUGGCGUCAACUGGGUUCGUGUUGUUUGCUUAUCAUCUUGUAAAUAACCAAGUUUGAAUUCUUAACGCGCAGUUUGAAUAAAUGUCACGAAACCAGAAAAAAAAAAGAAUGAUGCCACGCUAACAACCAAUGAAAACAAAAGAAAAUAUUCCAAGUCUAGAAU